GCUAUGUUGCAAGAACUUGAACAAUGGUUCUCAGAAAUUGAUAAUGACAAUUCCAAUAAAAUUUUUCAUAACAAUCUUCUCAGUUUUCUUUCAGCAUGGGAUGCUUAUUAUAAGGAUUUUAAUACUUGGAAGUCAAAAGAUUCGGAAAAAUUAGCAAAUAAUCUUAUUACUCAUUAUAUGGAACUAGAGAAAUUAUGGAAUACUGUUAAAACUCAAGCAAAUGCAGAAACUGAAUGGAGAAUGAACAUUGUUGAACAACAAGAAGAAAUUAGGCGUAAAAUACGUAAUUUAGGUGGUGAUGAGGCGAUGGCUAAAUUAGAAAGAGUUCUUAGAAGGCUGAAAGCAAAAUUACCAAUUGCUAGUGGUGAGAAUGUUGACGUCUCAGAUUCUGUAACUGGUGCUGUAAAUGAACAGGAAAAUGAUCAAGAAAAUGAUCAUAGUGAACAAGAUUCGGAUUUACCUCCGCGACAGUCUUUCGUACCCCAAACCUUAGCGGCAGACGGAUCCGUUGAGUUGGCUAAUCCAAAUUCUCAAUCUACAACCUCUACAACCUCUUCAACCAAUACAUCUUCAGCUUCACACAGCCAAUCAGUGACAAGUGCUAAUCUUCACCAUAUUAUCCAAAGUUUAGGCGGAUCCCAAGUUAAUUUAGGUUUAACAAAUGAACAACUUGCUCACGAGAUCAUAAUUGAUCCGGAUUUCGAAUUAAAGCCUCCAAAACUUUCUGAAUUAGAAGAACGUGUGCGAGCUAUCGCUACUAAGGCUUUCUUUGAUUCCGUAAGAGCUGAUCUUGAGCGAGGACAGUAUGAGAGAUGGGUGCCUGAGCUUUUAUCUGACGUUAAGCAGCGUCUUCUCGAUCUUGUUUCUCCUAAUUCUUCUUUACGUUCAUCUAUCAAUGAAGUUCUUGACAUUGAUUUGAUUACUCAACAAACAAAAGCGGGUGUUUAUAAUAUACAUAACUGUAUUGUUUUUAUUAUAAAUACAAUGCUUCAAAUCUGCGCACCUGUUCGUGAUGAAGAAAUUCAAAAACUAAAGGAUUUAAAUGAUUUUGCGGAAAUCUUUCAAAAGUUAUUAAAUAUUUUAGAUCAAAUGAGACUGGAUCUCGCUAAUUAUCGUGUCAAGGCUUUUAGGCCUUACUUAAAGGAGCAUGCCAUUGAGUAUGAACGUCGCAAAUUUGAACAGGCUUUACAAUCCAAACGUUUAACACUUGAUUUGACAAAAUCAUGGAUUAAACAAACUAUUAAUUCCCUUUUGCGUACCAGAGCAGAGCGCAAUCCAGAAAAUAUUCAUUUGCCACAACAUCGACAUAAUCAUGGUAUUAAAUUUGAUCAAGUGUAUAACGAAUCAUUUGUCUCUUUCAUUUUCCAACCGUCAACAAUUGACAAAAAUAACUGCCCUGAAACUCUUUUGCUUGAUAUUGAAAGGCUCUGGAAUUAUCAGAAUGAAGGGCAGGCCAUCACUAUCGUGGCUGCUUUGUUAAUGCUUACUAAAAAUGUGGCAGGUGGAAACGUUAAUAGCGAUUCUGAUGAUCUUACAACCUUAAAGGAUACCCUCUUUGUUCUUCUGAUGGAUGGAGAUACUACAAUUGAUAACUUAACAGCCGAAAUUAUAUCAUAUUUCCCAUCAACUCUUUCAUCUGAAACUCAAACAUUAAUUAAAUCGAUGGUUUCCAAAACACUUUCGCAAUCCGACAAAGUGUUUUCCCUCUUAUCCCGCCGGAUUCAAAAUAUCAUGAAACAACACCUUCAAACGGGACAAUUUCCUAAAAAGGAAACUUUGGCCCAGCACGGAGUAAUUUCUGUUGCUAAAGAACUGGAACAAUUAAGCAGAAAAAUUUGCAUUUUGGGAAGAUAUAACCGUGAAGUUUAUGCUUAUUGGUAUGAUACAAUUAUUCGUGAACAAUUACAGGAAGUUGGUGAAACCAAUAAAACGGAUAAAGAGCAAUCUGACAAAGGGAAAUCCAAAGAGAACAAAGAGAACAAAGAGAACGAAAAUUGA